AUGGAGGAGGCAGGAAGCGAGAGCAGGGCGGCAGGGCGCGACGAGAGCGAUGGCCCCGUCGCUGCCUCGCCAGAGGUCUCCUCUGCGUCGUUUUUUUCCUCUACUUCGCUUCCUGACUCUACCGGGAAAGCGAGCGGCUUCAGCGUGGAUCCCCUGGCGCUGCUCCACGCAAGUUUGAAGAAGUCUGCGUCUUCAGCCUCCUGUCGCUUGGAGGUCGUCCGCGGCGAAGAGGCCCUUGUCUUCCCCGAGUUGAACUGCUACUUGCCUGCGACUCUGCCUUCGGGAUUGGAAAGCCGUCGAAAGGAGUCGUUCUCUCUCGCCGACAUUUUUCUUCUGCUCUCGACGCCGAAGGAGCUCUACACAUAUAGCUACAUUGCGCAGAAAGGCCAUCGGUACAUCAACGUGCUGGAACGGUCCAAGAUCGUCUCUUUCUUCGAGUCUCUCUCCCCCGCCGCCAACAAGCUCGCGGGCUCCGCCGGCGCGCCCCUGCCCGCCCCCGUUGGCCACUCGGGCCUCGGGGACAAAAGCCAGCUCCCCAGCAGCGUCUUCGCGCCUGCGCUCGGCGACGCGGCUGCCUCUCGCACGCAGACGCUUUUGGUCCUCGACCCCACCCUGCCGAUAAAGCUCCCUGGCGCCCUCGAGGGGGCCCAGGGACAGCACCUCGACGGAGAUAGCCGCGGCGAAGAAGGCCUGCCUUUCUGGGAAGCCGGGGAGCGGAGCCUCGUGGCCGACGACCGCCUCGAGAAAGUGAUGCCGCAGGCCUGGCCAGACGCCGAUGUGCGGCAGGUCGCUUUAUACGCGAAGACCGCGGUGCACGCGCUGGACGAGAUGCGGCGGAAGAAGCGGGAGGCGGGCGCGCAAAGCGGAGAGAACGACGGUGGAGCCGACGGCCAGAAACGACUGAAAACCGGCUCAGAGGAGGCCGCUGAGGACGAAGAACAAGAAGAAAAGGCUGAGCAACGCAUGCGCGAUGCGCUCGCCUCCCUCGUCUUCGCGCGCGUCCAACGCCCUCUCGUCCAGCGAUGCAGCGCAGUCCAGCUGACGGGCUUCUCCUUCGACGCCAUCUUCCAGAAAUUCGUGGAAGUCGAGAAGGAGAGAAACGCAGGAAGGUCUCUCGCCGCCUUCUCCCACUCCAAAGGCGAUGGCUCAGACGGCCUCGGAAGAUUCAAAGCGGAUUCGUCCAUUGCGCGACUUCCUCGCCACGGAGGUGGUGGCCGAGCAGACAACCAGGUGCCGAGCGCAGCUGCAGCGGCGGGCCGAAGAGAAGGACAAGGAAAGCCAAGGAUCUGCGUCUUGGAGGAAGUGUAUGCGUACCGGAAGCGGAAGGCAAUCAUUCUCAUUCCGCCUGUAACUUCUGUUGGUGGGAGCAACUUGGUGUCGGCGCUGCUGAAUCGGUACAACGUUGUCGAUCUGUUAGAGAACAGCCAGUUCGUCUCUCCGCAGGACGCGAGGGAGCGGGCCGCCCGAGACGGAACGCUGGGGGCGGACCAGGGGCGACUGGAAGUCCGGCACGAGAUCCGCAACAAACAGUUCAAGUUCAUGUUGGUAGAGACGAGCUACGCGGCGAAAUUCACUCCCGAGCAGUGGAAGUGUGUCGUGGCAAUCAUCAUCAACGUUGCGUCAGCGUCUUCGCUCAAGCUCCACUUUGGCGGGUGGCCGUUCAGAGACUGGAUCGACCUCUUUCUCAGUUACAAGGGUGUAAUGUUUGCGUACGAAGAGGAUGCCAUUCCUCCUGAGGUGGCGAGCCUCAGCGUCAAGGUCAUUCGCCUGUCUCGCUCUCACCGAUACAAUGACGCAGCUGCUGCGACCGAGUUCUGGGCCUGCUUAGAAGAAUUUCUUCUGCAACCACGUCGGCUCUGUUUGGCGUUCGAUCGUCGCUUAGAUGCCGCAAGAUCUGAUGGGGCAGCCCCCGGUGGUUCUGCGAAACUCCCAGUGAAUUCCUCAGUUGCGGGUUCGCAGAGCUUCCGGACGCACCAGAGAUCGACUGCUGCUGGCGCGUCGAGCGAUUCCGGAUCUGGAGUGUCUGUACACCCGGCGCAUCAACACCACUUCCAUCACCCGGCACACAUGGGUGUGGGUAUGCCCUCGCACGCAAAACACGGAGCGGUAGGAGUGGGAGGAUACAACCGUCGCCCACAAGACUUGCGCUAUGCACAGCGCUAG